UGCAUUUCAAGGCACAUACACGCGCCAAGGAAUGUUUUCCGUUGCUGUGUCGUUAACGGGUCGUUUCACGAGUGUAACGGUUCCUCCUGCUCAGGCGAACGCAGCCGGUAACCGACAGGACGCUGGGAAGCUCCCGGGGACGACGUAUUCCCACAGGCUGCAGCUGGAGGCGUUGUGUUAGCUGGCUAGCGUUAGCAAGCUAACAGAAGCCCUGUCGGGGACAUUGUCAGGAUCUAUCGGGAGGAAACAGCGGUCGAUUGGGACUCGGUCAACUGCAGUUAGUGUCCUGAGAGGGUGGUCGGUUAGACGAGGUGACAAGCAAGGAUACAUUGAUGGGACACGACGUUCGGAGGCUGGAACACCUGCCAUCUCCCCCUUUCUCAGCGAGCAAGCAAACUAGCUAAGAAAGGUUAAGACAAUCUGAGGCCACAUACAAGUGCCUCCACUGUACAGUUUCCUUUCCCAGAGUGUGACUCGUCUGCACGACGUCACCAAUGCAACCAUGGGAAAUCGCAGUAAAUAGGCUGCCACCAACAGCCCCCUUAAACCCAAGGAGGUUCCUUGGAGAGCCCUGCAGCGUCCCACUGCAUCUCAGGAGAAGUCCACCUGUCAGACGCCAGUGGGUGAGACGAGACAGACCUGUGCUGCACCCUUCCCUGGUCCAGGAUGAGAACUUCCACCAUCUGCUUUUCUCCCAGCAUCACCAACAGGUUCCUUUAGAUGAGUCCAGACAAUACAGCCACACCAGCACAGCACCACGCAUGCUUCACCCUGCUGCUCACCUGCCCCAGCAGAGUCCCAUCAUGGUGGAUCUACAUGACCAGAUGCACCAGGGACCAGUUCCAAUAUCAUACACUGUUACGACGGUGACGACCCACGGAUUUCCUUUCCACACCGGGCAGCCCCUUCCAGGGUGCAACACUCAGCAGCUCCCAGCAUGCUCGGUAAUGUUCAGCGGACAGCUCUCUCUGCUCUGCUGCCUUCCUCCUCCUCUCAUACAGGCAUGUACCAUGCAGCAUAUGCCAGUGUCUUAUCAAGCCUUUCCACCCCUGAUCUCCAGCGAACAUUUUGUAUUGCACCCAAACCCAUCUGUACCCCCCCACCAGCCACCGCACCUUACUCCCUUGAGUCAGUUUCUCCCUUUACAGCCUCAGCACCCCCGCAUGCCUCUGCAGAGGGUAGAGAAUGAAGUUGACCUAAGAGGGGACCAGCACCCGCUAGGGACCUUCUCCUACCCCCCCUCUCAUCAUCCACCAGCGCUGCCUCCUUCUCUGCCCUUGCAGUAUCUUCCUCAAGAGCCUCUGCAUCAGGAGCUUCCCUUCGGAGUGCCAUAUCCCCACAUGUUGCCCCGACGAGUGAACGGACAGAGAUACCGGUUGCAGCAACCGCUCCCUCCUCCUCCUCCCCCUCCAGCUUACUACCCAGGCUUCCUCCCCUACUUCCUGUCAAUGCUUCCUGUGCCUCAAACAGCAGUGGGCCCGGCCAUCAGUCUGGACCUGGAUGUGGAUGAUGUGGAGAUGGAGAACUAUGAGGCAUUAUUGAAUCUGGCAGAGAGGUUGGGUGAAGCAAAACCACGUGGACUCACAAAAGCAGAUAUAGAGCAACUCCCGUCCUACAGAUUCAACUCGGAGAGUCAUCUAUCUGAACAAACGCUGUGUGUUGUGUGCUUUAGUGACUUUGAGUGUAGGCAGCUACUUCGGGUAUUACCUUGUAACCACGAAUUCCACGCCAAGUGUGUGGAUAAAUGGUUAAAGACCAAUCGUACUUGUCCUAUCUGCCGAGCCGAUGCCUCGGACGUUCACCGGGAGGUGGAGUGAGAACUGUCUCUGAGUGCUGAACUGGAAAGCUGCACACACCAGAGUCUGUCCCAGAGCUGGGGACACCUGCCACCUUGCCUGCGUCCUCCAGUAAAUAUAGCUUACCAACCCACCACUCCCGCCCCUUUCCUAAAUAAUAAGCAAUCCAGGAUUUUUUCUGGAGCCUGUUGUACCUCUGCUGUGCUUCAUGGUCUGAGUCUCAUGAAACCCACUGCCUAUUGCAGCCUAUAGCCAGAGUUCUGGGAUCGCCAGCCAGUUCUUUCUCUGCCCCCUCGUUGCAGAUUCCAAAGAUUUUCCCUACAAUGCAUUGUUUGCUGCUUUUGUUUACAGGGUUUCAUUUUUCUUUAUUGGAUUUGGUCGUGGUGUUCAUGAAUAGUGAGCUUCCUGCAUUGGAGGAGGUGAGUCAGCAGCGUGGAGGAUCAUAGGCUGGACACCUUGUGCAAUUAGCAGAAAAUAAAUAGGAAUACUUCGACAUGGGUAUCUGUGUUUGGAGACGACGCCUGACCAUCAUAGAUGCAUGAUUGUGUAAGGUGUUGGACAAAUUCUCUUGUUAAUAAUGUAUGUUCUGCAAUAAUAUUGAUCAUUUCAACAGUUUUACCCUUUAUUUGUUUUAGAUUUUGCCAAUGCUCUUGUGAAAGUGUGACUUGCUGUGGUUAAAUGCAGAUUCUGUUAAGCCUGAGGUUAUGGGACAUGCAACUGUGGUUUAUCUUCUACCCCAGAUAAUCCACUUUGGAACACAGAUCUGUGCAAAAGCAGUCAUGGAUUAAUGGACGGCGUCUUUUUAAGGGUCAUCUGGCAUAACUGCACAAGUGCUACAUCCACCCUCCACGUCAGCAAUGUUCCUCUGGCGAGUGUGUACUUGCGUGUGCAUAUUGUGUGUGUAUGUUUGUCCUGUUCACAGACCCGAUGCAUUGUGUAACCACUGGAUACAGGGCAGCAUGCCAGGAUUUGCAUGAACUGUUGAUUCAGACUAGCAAUAUUGUAAUCAAGCAUUGCCAACAAAAUGUAUCACACAGAAACAUACUAAAAGAACUGCUUGUUUAUUCAGAAAGCGCCAUGAGGGAAGACUUGCAUGUGGUUCCACCCUGACUGUGUUUAAGGAUCGGAGUCCUCUUCUAUUAAGGGUAUGCUGUUGCCAUAGAGCUCUGGAGGCCUGUGCAGAAAGCAAUAUGUGCAGUGAGUGGCAAGUUUGACACGAACAUUUGCUUGCCCUCUAUAGGAGGACUGGGCUUUUUAUUUCUUUGUCUUUGAGCCAAAUCCACGAUACAGAUAUAGCCUACUGUUCAAGAUUUCAGAUCUGCCUUCUUAUGACCUUGACAAGCACAAACCUAUUACUAACCCUGAACAUAAUUUGUGAUUUCCACUUGUUUUGAAAGUAUGUCAUUUAAGAAAAAAAAAAAUACUUUAUUUAUUGGUUAUUUCUUCUAGAUAAAAUGCAUUGAAGGAAACAGUUGGUGCACUAACAAUGUUUGUGUAUGGUAUGUGUUAUAUUCUGGUAACUUGGUCAGGUCAUUGUCUUAGGCCAUGGUUAUGGUUAUGGUGUUGUAGAAGAGCAACUGUAUGUACAGCUUCAGUGUGAAUGCUUUUAGAUCAACGUUUGAAGACAGAAGAAUGUUGAAAACCCUUGUAGAAGUCACUGGUGACGCUCCACGUUUUGCCAGCUGUCUGUGUAUUCCACCGUGCUCGAGGCAGCCUUUAAAUGGCACAGAGCUGGAGUGUUCAGUGGUGUAGAAACACUGUAAGACUUCUAGUCCCCUGCUUUUGUGUUCACACAAAAAAUAAGAAUAUAUUUGGGGAGGGA